GAGGGCAGUAAAGACCCCGAAUAUGUCGAGUGUUUAAUGAAUUAAAUGCAGAGGGUGGGGGAAAAAAAGACAAACUGAGAUUGCCAGAUGACGUCGCACUGAUGCCGAGCCAAGCUCCAACAUGUUAGAGCUGCCACCAAAGUAACCGGGCUUCCACCGGAGCGGGGAGGAGGAGAUGGCGUUCGUGUUGGUGGAGUUUGGGUUUGAGUACAAAGCGAAGGACGGCCGACACAUCUGCAUCAAACCUGACGAGAGGUACAUCCUCGUCUCCAAGACCAACGAUCAUUGGUGGCACGUUUCCAAAGACCGAGACUCCAAACCCUUCUACAUCCCAGCUGAGUACGUGAAGGAGGUCUCUGCGCCUCCCGGAGCCUCUUCUGGCCCUAAAGAAAACGACUCACCAAAGAGUUCGGCGAAACGUCAGCCAGCGGCUGUGACUGGGAAGAACAAGAAAACAUCACUUCAUACAAAAACUCCUCCAUCUGUUCGGGACGAUUCGAAAGAAACCUAUCGCUUCUCCACGUUUGGUCUGUGGGUCAACUUGCCGAGUGAAACUUCGAAAGAUGCGCCAGCAGCCAGGAACCGUGCUCACAGCUUAGACGAUAAAAAUAAGCUCACGACUCCGAAUGCGUCACGCCGCGCAUCAGUCACUCCAGAAGCGUUGAUAUCUGAAGAUCAACAACUUUAUGCCACACCUCACCAUGGAGAUAAAAAGCAGCAGGCAAAAAACACAAACCAGGACAAGUCCAAAAAGAAGUCUGUGGUUUCUACGAAUGAUAAAGAUGUGGAUGUACCUCCACAAAAUAUAUAUGAAAUGGAUUUUCCUUUACCUCCACCGGACUUCUGUAACAUGACUCCAGAGAUAAGCGUGACUGACUGUGACUGCUUUCCUGAGCCUCCUGAUCUCGCAGGGACCGAAGAAUCAGCGCCGCGGCACCAAAGUUCUGACCCGACAGCCGAACAGGUUUCUGUCACAACAGAGCAGGUGCAGGAUGAAAAUCUCCGGUCAGCAGUGUACGUCAACGUAGCAGAGCUUCGCCAAAGCAUCUCAGAAUCUCCCCCGUUGGACAAUUCGCCCUGCUCUCUUUCCUACCUAAAACAGGAGGGAUGGGAGGUUCAUGUUGACCAAGAAAGUGGACAGGAAUACUACUACCACUCUGACACGGGGCGCACCACCUGGGACAACCCCUUUCUAGACUCUCCCAUAGACCCUGAGCGACUCACUCCAGAGGUACCUUUCCCUCCACCAUCCCCUCAAUCCGAUUGGGCCUCAGAGUGGGAGCAGCUGGUGGAUGAGACCACUGGUCAGCCUUACUUCUAUAACCACAUGUCCGGGGAGACGUCCUGGGACCCUCCUGAGCAGCAGAGCCCUUACCCCUCUCCGAUGGAGCCUAUGAGUGUGCACAGGUUUCGUGAUGAUGAACCGCCUCCCUUACCUGUGGAGGACUACCCAUCAGAGGAUUACCCCAGUGCAGACCAACCAGACUUUUAUAAGGAUAUCCAGAACAUGGGACCCCCCACGUUUCCAAAGGAGUACGAUCUUGGCCACGUGAGUCGGACCACCAUCCCCCGGGCCAACCUGGACCGCAGUACCCCGCCUGGCUGGAAACUCACAGUGGAACCCAGCGGGACUUGGGUUUUCACCAGUGAAAACUCUCCAGAUCAGUGGAUCAAGUCUGUGGAUGAUCAGGGGCAAACCUAUUACUACCUAAGAGAUGGCACCAAGUCCGAGUGGAAUCUACCUGAAGCCCCUACAGCUCCUUCCCACUCCAAUGUCCCGAACGGUGAUGAGAAUGAAAAUGUGCAUGUCAUCAAAAACUGGAGAGACUCGAGGGUACCUGCUCAAUUCGCCACUGGCCAGGAAGAUGGGAGAUUCACCCAGAGUCAUCUGAGGAACACAUCAGACCACAGCAGCGACAGCUCCAGUACAGGAAACUCUCCAGAGCAUAAUGCUGUUUUGUUUAGGCCCUGGAGAAAUCCUUAUUAUUUGACCUCAAAGUGGCUGCGCUAUAAUGCACAGAAUUUGGAGAAAGCUGGAAUUCUCAACAAAACAAAAAUCAGUGAGAAUGGAAAGAAAGUAAGGAAAAACUGGGUUGCAACAUGGACAGUUCUCCAUGGCGGAGUCCUGACGUUCCACAAAGACCCUAAACCCUCCCCUGGUGCUGUGCAGAACAAGACCAAUCAGAUUGUUCCAGAGUUUACGGUGGAAUUGAGAGGCGCUACGAUUGGCUGGGCCACAAAGGACAAAUCCAGUAAAAAGAAUGUUUUAGAGCUCAAAGGGAAGAAUGGUGUGGAGUUUCUUAUCCAGUACGAUACGGAAAGCAUCAUCCAUGACUGGCACAAAAUUUUAAAGGACACCAUUCAACAGCUCGACUACCAGGAGCAUCAUUCUGAGGAAGAGGAUGGGGACCUGUAUGAAAAAAUUGGCAAUGCAGACAGAGACGAGAAACCCGGCGCUGCCGUAGACAAACGAAGACCCCCAAAGCCAACCAUAUCUCAGUCGCCCAGCAAUGCAGGGGAAACAGACCCGAAGAAGGUUCGGACCAAGCUGAUGAAGUUCCUCAUGAAGCGCCCAACGCUGCAGUCAGUCAAAGAAAAAGGCUACAUCAGAGAAAACGUGUUUGGUUGUCACCUGCACACUCUGUGUGCCCACGAGAGGUCCACAGUUCCAAGUUUUGUGGAGAAGUGUAUUAAAGCAGUAGAGAGGAGAGGUUUAGACAUUGAUGGGCUAUACAGAGUCAGUGGGAACCUUGCAGUCAUACAGAAGCUUCGCUUCAAGGCUGAUCAUGAGGAGCUGGACCUAGAGGAUGGUCAGUGGGAAGACGUUCAUGUCAUCACCGGAGCAUUGAAAUUAUUUUUCCGAGAGCUUCCUGAACCACUUUUCCCAUUCAGCAAUUUUAAUGACUUCAUCACAGCUAUAAGAAUUCCUGAUUACAACACAAAACUUUCUUGCAUUUAUGAACUGGUCAAAUCACUUCCUCCUGUAAACCAUGACACUAUGAAGCUGCUUUUUGGGCAUUUACAAAGGGUAAUUGAUUAUGGAGAGGACAAUCGCAUGACUGUACAGAAUGUCGCCAUUGUGUUCGGCCCAACGCUUCUUCGGCCGGAGACGGAGACGGCGAACAUCACCAUGCACAUGGUCUUCCAGAACCAGAUCGUGGAGUUCAUCCUGAAUGAAUACACCCGUAUCUUCCACUCUAGCUAAAGCAGUCGCUUGUACACCCGGACAAAAGUGAAUAAAGUGCUUGACUCUUCUUUUUUUUUUUUUUUUUGUCGUUUCCUUUUGCAUGUACAUCAGCAGCUUGAAUGCCACAUGUAAAAUUUAAGUUGUUUUCUGGAAUAUGUUAAAUGUGCCAUUGCAAUUAACCUGCCAAUAUGAGGGAUUUACAGCUGUCGUUGCUCUGAAUGUUUUUUUUUUUUUUACCUGAGGACACUUGCGCUGUCAAACUGUCUGCGCCAGUAUUUUAGGAAUGUGUCUGAGCCGCACAGGUUUGCCUUUUCUUCAGUGAAAGAAGCACUGUAUCCAACUGCUUUCUCUCUUUGAGUCUCUAAAUUGUCUAAAUCUCACAAGCCACUUUCUCUUAUUUUGACUCUUGCUUUUUUUUGUUUUUAGUUGAAGUCAGAGUGUCAAAACAAAGCAGGGUACACCUAGAAAGCAUUAAUGCUGUCUUAAAUUAGCUUUCAUCUUUAUUUUAAAACAUUUGACAUCUUUUUUUAAAUGUUUGUUUUGGAUUUUAUGCUACAGUUUAUUACUUAAGUCAAUAACUGAGAUUGUAUUCUAAUAUUUUACUUUUUUUCCUCACCUCUGCCCUUGAAUUUAUUGCAAUAUAGACAACUGAAGUAAUGCCACCAUGUGCCAACAUGUUGGUUUGAAGUAGAAAAUGAAAUAGAUAUGGAUUUUAAAAGACAGUAAGAGUAUUUUUCAAUUAUGCUGUUCUUAUAGAGAUUUUAAAAUGCCAUGAAGAUGAAAUAAUGAUUUAAUGAGAGUUUGAAAUAAACUAAAUCUAAUAGUGAAAUAGAAAAGUGGAAAUUAGCAUAACUGUAUGUCCUGUAAAUAGUAAUAAAUGGCAUAUUUAUGCUGCAA